AUGGAACUGAACGUUCACGCAAUCCUCUUGCACGGUGUUCUUGUCGCAGACCACAAGACUGUCACGGUCAUUCCCGGCUUCCUCUACAUGCAUAUCAACGGCAAGCAUGUUAGGUUUUCCGCUAGGCUGGGCAAGCACUUCAACUGGAACUCUUGA